UGUAUAUAAAAAGCACGUGCUGCAAUAUUAGUUUAAGAAAUUUUUGUAAUACAAAAGUAAUAAUUAUUGAAAUAAAGAAUUUUCGUUAAGGAGAAGUAAUAAAAACCUUAAUAAAAACUUAUUAAAUCAAUGCAAAGGUGUAAAAAAUAGUAUGCUAUGCUAAUACUGGCAAGAUUUGUAGCCUAUAAAGCCUUUUGAUGGCGGAAGUGCAUGUCAUCGGGCAGAUUUUAAAAGCCGUUGAUUUUGCGGAACCACACCUCUACUGCAAGUGGAGCUUACAAAGCGGUAGCGCCUGGAAACUCGUACAAGGCGAAGUAGCCGGUCAGACUUUAGUGAGCUCGAACCGCUUAGAGCAAUCCUCCGAUUUCGCACAUCCCUUGGAUAUACAUCUGGCCACGGCUUCCAUACAGGGUUGGCCCAAAUUGCAUUUGGAAGUAUACGCGGUAAAUGUACUGCACAAAAGUUGGCCAGUUGGUUACGGUUUUGUGCAUAUACCCAGCCGACCGGGUGCGCAUCGCUUAGAGUUGUUGACUUGGAAAGUGGCACCACUCACUUGGUGGGACAGUGUGCGUGAGAAGUUCGGCGGUGGCGGUGUGGGACUAAGUAAGGCAGAUCUAAUCUAUACAGGUGUAGAGAGAUAUAAACUACAAACGCGUUCGUCUGGUAAAAUUAUCAUCGACCUUAAUUUGGUUUUCCGCAAUUUCGCUAAGUUUGGUGUGGAAUUUAAGUGA